AUGUCGCUUAAGAACCGUUUAAUCCAGCAUGAGAACUAUUGGACAUGUCCAAACUGUUUGGGAAGGGAACUACCAUUUUAUAAUGUUCGUGACCUUAACGAAAUUGAUAAUGAUAUGCUAGGAUUAGAGCUAGAGGAUGAUUGCUAUGUUGACCCACAUUUGGAAAUACUCUCUCGAAGUUCAAAUCAUUUGCGCUUAUGUCAUAUAAAUUGCCAGUCCCUGCUAUCGACAUUUGAUGAGUUUCUCCAUUUGAUUUCAACGUAUACAUUCGAUAUUUUGACUUUAUCUGAAACAUGGCUUCGAAAUAAUACUCAUCAAAUCGCACAUGUUCAAAUUCCUGGGUAUUCAUUAGUAUUCAACAACCGCGGUGAAAAGCACGGGGGCGGUGUUGCUGUUUAUAUCAGAGAAGAAUUAAAAUACAAAGAAAGAAAUGAUUUAAUGAGGGUUGAGCCAUCCUUUGAGCAUAUUUGGAUAGAAAUUGCAGGAAAGAAUAAAAACAGUAAUGUAUUAUUGGGUGUUUUUUAUCAGCCUGAUUCCGAUCCUGCUAGAAAAGUCUUGUGGCUUGAAAAAUUUGAAACAAUCUUAGCAGCAGUACAUUCAAAAUGGGAUGGUAUUUUAGCAAUAGCUGGUGACAUGAAUAUUGAUUUAAAGAAUUCUUCAACAACCGCCUAUAAAUAUGAAGCAAUAUUGCGUUCAUUUAAUCUUAACCAGCAUAUUAAAGACCCUACUCGUAAGGGCAAAUGGUUAAUUGACCACAUCAUAACUAACAUUCCACAUAAUGUUGUAGCAACUGGUGUUCUACCUACACCUGAAGUCAGCGACCAUGACAUGCCAUAUAUUAUUGUCAAUGCAAGACUAAGUAGAUUUGAAACCAGAUUUAAAUAUAUUCGAUCAGUGAAAUCAUUUUGUUCUGAAGAGUAUUUGCGGGAUAUUAGCGAAUUACCAUUUUCACUGGUAUAUGCAGUAGAUGAUCCAGAUGAAAAGAUCUCUAUACUAAAUGAAUUGCUCCGUAGCUACAUUGACCGACAUGCCCCACUUGUGCAAUGUAAGAUAACUCGACCUCCUGCUCCUUGGCUGCAAGAUGUGAGCAUUAAACAUCCACAGAAAGAGAGACCAUUUACCCAUCAAACCCAAGCAGAGUCUGACUGGUCACUGUUCCGCUCAGUUCGUAAUAAAAUCAAAACAGCUAUAAAAACUCCAAAACGAACAUUCUAUUCAAAAGCGUUAUCAUCAAAACGCUCGAAGGUUGUUUGGAUGAUAAUACAUCGAAUAUUAAACCCAAAUAGGAAGAAAAUCCGUCAAGACCCGGAUGAGUUGAACAAGUUUUUUGUGACUACCUCAGAACACAUUUUGGGUUCAUACCCAAAACAAAGAGUCAAUGUUGUCGAAUAUCUUGACUCCCUAUCAGGAUCUAGUGGGGAUACAUGCUUUAGGAUGCGAAAGGUAAAUUUUAGCAAAGUAAGCAAACAGCUUAAUGGUAUAUGGAUGAUUAUUCUACAGGUCAUGACCAUCUACCUGUGA